AUGCCCCUAAAAACUGUCGACGACCAGAAAAGGCGAGCUAAAACACGCUCCAAGGUCGCUUUGGCUUGUAACUCGUGUAGGGAGAAGAAGAUCCGCUGUGACGGAACAAAGCCCAUAUGUGGACCAUGCGUGAGGCGUUCAUAUCGGAAUGAUCAGUGCGUCUAUAACACGGAGACCUCCCGGUCCACAAGCAGGGACGAAUACCUCCAUGCUCUUCAUCAGCGAAUCAAAGAUUUGGAAGAUAUUUGUUCUAGGGCCGGGGUAGUUGUUCACAACCCCUCAACUCCACCAAGUGGGCUGCCCCUUGGCUCCGCUGGCGACGGCGAGACGCUACCACAAGGGGCCAGCCUGUCCUUGGCUCCCCGCCAUUCAGAUCAUGAAGCCAUGGGGCAGAAUCCGACUCCUAUAAGCUCCAAUCCCGGGCUGGCGCCGGAGUGCAUACUGCCAGGCAUUCAACGUGAACGAGACAAGAGCAACACUAGGUCGGUAGAAGAAGAUGAUACGGAUAUCUAUGAGUCUCCAUUAUUUGAUGAGGCUGAAGGCCACAUAACGGGUAUGGGCCAGAUCAUCCUGUCAGGGGCAGGAGGUGAAGAGCACCGGGGGUCUACCCGACUCCAAUUCUAUGGCACUUCAUCGACAGCCUCUCUCAUGCGUUUUGCUUGGCAAAGGAUACCCUCGCGUCCAAUAGGUAGUUUAGCCGAAACACGAUAUAGUAGGCUUCACGACACAACCGACAAGUUCGAGAUCAAUGAUUUUUUGUUACCGCCGCGAUCGUUUGCAGAUCAACUCGUGAAACACUUUUUCGAUAAAGUCUUUAUUCUCUACCCAUUCUUCCACCGUCCGUCUUUCGAAGUGGCCUAUCGGAAUCUCUGGCGUGCAGAAGACGAGCCAAUCAUCACAGCUCCCACGGCUUUGCAGAUUGGACUGGGAUCGAGCGCAGAGUCGGGCGCCAAAUCCAUUGUCUUCCAGUGUGCCCUGAAUUUGAUCUUUGCUUUAGGCUGUCAAUUUGCAGAUAUUCCCCCACAGGAAGCUAAGGCUGUCGCAAACUCGUUCUUCCUUCGAGCGAAGAGAUUUAUCGGGCUCGAUUUCUUGGACAUCAACACCCUCGGCGUGGUCCAGACUUUACUGAUCACGGGACUUUUUCUGCAGAGCUCUCCAUAUCCCAGCCGUUGCUGGCAUUCUGUUGGGAAUGCCUGCAGGGUGGCAGUCGUCAUCGGACUACAUAGAUCAGAUAUUCUCACUACAUUAUCACCGUUGGAGUCUGAAAUUCGUAAGCGGACGUGGCAUGGAUGUGUGAUGAUGGACAUACCAAGCAUGACCUCACACCUGGCCCCUGUUCCCAGACCAGGUGGUUCAGAAAUAUAUGAAUGUCAAGAAGGGGGCGAGGGACCUUUCUUGAUGGCAUUCUAUAACGAGUCGAUCAAGCUUUAUAAUAUCUUGGACAUCAUCCUAGCAGAUAUCUACCAAGCUUGGUCUGGCCAGCUACGCCGGAAUCAGCUCCAAACCUCAACCAUGAGCCUUGGAAGCCUCGAUAUUGUCCUCAGAGUCGAGAAGGAGUUGGCUUUGUUCAAAGCUAACCUUCCUCCUUUUCUGAAGUGGGACUCCAGACCACUUGAAGGAGUUUCUUGUUGGGAAUCAAACACAGCAGCCAUUUCCCAGCAAAAAAAUGUACUACGUGCCAGAUAUAUCCAUCUUCAUCUUCUCCUAUACCGCCCGAUCUUCACCCAAUUCUAUUCGAAGCGAAACUCAUGUGGGCUAGAGACGCAAGGAGCUCUUUAUUCUUCCAUGUUUAGCAGAUGCGCGGCCGCGUGUGUGAGGACCGCCAUCGACCUCACGCACGUAGUCCAAGAGACUUAUCAGACCAAUGCCACUGAUGCAUGGUGGUACAACGGGUUCUCACGGGAUGCUUGGAAAGAGGCCAUUGGUAUUCUGCAGUCCAUGACUACAAUUUGUCGCUCUGCCAACAACACUCUCCAAUUUCUGCAGGCUGCUUAUCAUCAAGCAGUUCCCAAUACACAACACCAGGUAGUUGUAGAGGGUGAUGCCUCACAGAUUCAUCAAACCAGUAACUCAUGCGAUCUUCCGAAUAGCGAUCCAACCCAAAUCCCAACUUUCGACUGGGGAGAAUUCGCAGAGAGUAUGGUACCUGGAUUGGACGAUUUCGGGUUCUUGACAAAGUUCAAUUUUCAUAGCACGUUAGAAUGA